CCCUAACGUUACACGCCAAAUCCCUAGCAAUGGCCGACCUCAUCUCAGGUAUUGCAAAACUCAAUCCGUUUUCCAGGAAGUCCGCAGUCGACGAUGACGAUAAGGGCGAAGCCAUCGAUGCAACGACCGUAGCAGGCGGCGGCCAUGCAUCCCGCCGGUCGCAUAUCACAAAAGACAAACUGCGCGUGAGCCAGACGUUGAAGACGUUCAUCGUGCAAGAAGGAAUUUUGGGAGAGCCAGAAGUGGGGUUGAAUAUGCAAGAGACAACGAUGGCACUCAGAGAGCUGCUAGACAAAAGCCAUAUCAAGGUUCCGCCCCAAUGUAUCGACAGACGCUAUCCACUACCUGAAUAUUUUAUCAGCUCAAGUCACAAUACGUACCUAAUGGCUCAUCAACUGUUCGGCGAGUCUCAUGCUUCGGCGUAUGAGAUAGCUCUGCAGACGGGAUCAAGAUGCGUUGAGAUUGAUGCCUGGGAUAAUGACGACAACAGAACUGAGCCCAAAGUCACGCAUGGAUUCACACUAGUAUCGAACAUACCCUUCCGUACAGUGUGUGAGACGAUUCGCGAUGUCGUCGACAGAGAGGCCGCUGAUGAGAGGAACGCCGCACCUAUCAUGAUAUCGCUGGAGAACCAUUGCGACGCACUCGGCCAAAAGUACCUUGCGCAGAUCAUGUGCGAAGUUUUUGGUUCCCGACUGCUCAGUAAAGCGAUGCGUGAAAAAGGCGCUCGAGAGCAGGAGGGUACUGGUGAGCACGUCACUCUCGCGGAGCUAGGCAACAAGAUUGUUGUGAUCGUGGAGUAUCAUCUCCCCGACGAAGAAGAGAGCAGCGACAGUGACUCGAGCUCAGAAGAUGAGGCUGAACGACAAGCGCACCAGCAAUAUAAUGAGAAGAGAAAAGCGACAAAUGCCGGUUUGAUCAUUCCAGAGCUGGCGGAACUCGGAGUGUAUGCGCAGUCCGUCAAACCAGUGAAUAAUUCAUGGUUUGAAGCCGAUCUGGAUAAUGCGCCGCACCACCAACUGAUCAACGUCUCGGAGUCGGGACUGAAGAAACAUCUGCCCAUCAACAGUGCAAAGGUUGCACGCCACAAUUCGCAUCAUCUCAUGAGAGUCUAUCCAAAAGGGACUCGUAUCUCGUCGAGAAACCUUGCUCCAGUCCCAUUCUGGGGUAUUGGGGCUCAAAUUUGCGCGCUGAACUGGCAGACUUUUGGUGCCAGCUCCCAAAUCAAUGAAGCACUCUUUGCUGGCUCAGGCGGCUACGUACUCAAGCCUGCCGCACUCCGUGCUGGGGGAGAUGGCAAUCUUAAUACUGGCAAACGAAGGAGACUCAGGCUACAUGCCGCAGGCGCUACAGACAUACCAAUACCUACUAACCGCGAACACGACGAUAUCAAACCAUAUCUCACAUGUACGCUUGUGCAUCCCAACGAUAUGAACAAUAUACCACCCAAACGCAAAACCACGGUUUACAAAUCUCGUAAGCUUACCAGUUUCACACGUAAGGAAACUUCGCCUGCCAAUGAUCCUAUCUGGAAUGAAGUUCUGGAAUGGGAGUACGAGGACAACGAGCUCGUAUUUCUCCGGCUACUCGUCAAGAGCGACGAUAGCUAUUCCCGAAAUCCUGUAUUCGCAGUAGCAGCGGUAAGAUUGAUGUACGCAAUUCCCGGAUGGAGCUUUAUACGUAUGCUCGAUCUAGGAGGUCAUGAGACUACGUGUACGCUGCUCGUCAGAUUCGAGUUCCAAGACGCCUAGGUGUGUCCACCCUAGGACUGAGUUCGUCACUGAUCGGAGCAUGGCCAUGUGUUAUCCAUGGAGAUUAACAAGGCUUCAUGAACUGCAAGGGAUACCACAACGGCCUGUGUCGAAAUGUUGUUCAGGGUUUGUGUGUUGGAAUCGAAAGCUGC